UAGGAUAGGCGAUACACACACACGCCAUAGUGGCCGGGAGAGCUUGGAGCUUCGGCAGCACUGUCGUCUGGCAAAGUUCUUUUAGUUCAGGAAUGGCUGCCUUUGAGGAAGGAGUUCAAUACGGCCUCUCUGCGCACGGCCACUCCAGCGAGAACAAAUCGCUGGUUUUCGUGAAGCUCACCGAUUCGUCGUUCAAAGCCAUUGAGGAAUAUCUGAGGAUUAAGUUGAAGACGUCACAACAUCCCAGUGUACAAUUCCUUGGCAAUGAAGGGCGGCUGUGGUUUCCUAGCGCGGAGGAGGGUCGCGGCUCGGCGUUCAGUUUCAACCUGUCGUCGUCGUCCGUGGCGGGCGGUCCCCAAGGCAGUUUCGAGUGCGUCCAACAAUGCGGCUACCAGUCGCUGGAAUCGCUCGGCGUCAUGGGUCUCAAGAUGAACAUCAAAGCCAAAGAUGACGUCUAUGAAGCCACGCGACAACGAAUGGCUGUCGCCGAGGAAGAGAGCAAGAAAAACUGCACUCGUGUGAUAAAACUCGCCUGUGGCCCUGAUAUUGGUCGCGUAGUCAAAAUCAGGAAGCAAGCCGCUGCCGUCUUUCCGCCUCGGAGGGAUCGAGGCGACACGUCGCCGCCCACCUCCGGAGGAGGAGUCCAUCCGACGUCACAGCAUCAUCACCACCACCGGGGCGGCUCGUCUUCAUUGUCGUCGACGACCUCUUCCUUAUCCUCGUCCUCAUCUUCGUUAUCUUCCCUCUAUCCGUCGUCCACGUAUCACAACAGCAGUAGCCAUGUACAGCAGCAACAAAACGGAAGUGGUGGUGGUGGGGGAGGUCUCGGACGGAGUAGCACGUCUUCGCCGUCGCUGGGCGGACAACGGACAACCAGCAAUGCCAUUAGUCCCCUGCCGAGAUCCGCCGCCUCGCCAUCCUACCCCACUGCCUCCUCCAUUUCGUCCAACUCGUCAAUGACAUCAUCUUCCACAUUGAAAGAUGGAUACGCCAAUGGUUCGGGUUCUAUGGUGGAAGCCAAUCCGGAUUUGAUGAAGCGGCCGCUUCGCGAGAGACUCAUUCACAUGUUGGCCAUUCGAUCUUACAAGAAACCCGAACUCGUUUCUCGAUUACACAAAGAGGGUCUCAAGGAAAAGGACAAGAAACUGAUUAUGAACGUCUUGUCUGCCAUCGGCUUGAUGAAGGAUCAAGCGUACCACCUGGCGCGGCAUAUCUGGAACGACGUGCACGACGACUGGCCAUUUUACACGGACCAGGAGAAGCAGAUUCUCAAAAGACGGAAGCCGCAGAACUUGACGCCGCCGGUGAGUGAUUCGAGUAGCGGAAGUGGGCAUUCGCCACCGUCUAGUAGCUUGCAUUCGAACGGCUCUCCGGUCGGUUCGUCGUCAUCGUCGCUGUCCUCGUUGUCCGCCAUUCAUAACAAUAAAACAAGUGCCAGUCCCAACGGUGGUCUAGCGAGUGGCGGCCUGGCCACUGGUGCCGCGCCAGAGAAGCGGGAGAGGGGCGAGAAACGGCCGAGUCAGCAAGUCUUGGCCGGACUCGAUGCUCUGGACGCGGCCGCUGUUGAAGCGGCCGCCAAGGCAGCCAAGAAGCAGAGGAUCUCGCUCUACAAGAAACCCGAUUCGAGUCAAUCGACGCAUCAUCACUCGUCCGUGUCCGAUUCUCGCAACGCUCAACAACAGCAGAUGGCACCCGCUAGUAGGUCUAGUUCGUCUCUUAAAGUGCGUCCCUCUCCGCCCAGCCAUCACCAACAACAACUGCAGCAGCAGCAACAACAACAACACUACCACAACAACAACAAGGACAACCACCAUCACCAGCAACAACACAACCAAGUGCAGCAGCAGCAGCAACAGCCACCGCAGCUGCCCCCAGCUCAUCAGCAACACAACAACAACAACCAUCACCACAACCACCACCGAUCGGAGAAUCACAAUUAUUACAGACCUGGAAGUCUGGCGCUGUCGACUUCGUCAUCGACUCAAGCGACGGCCGUGGUGUCGACGCGGGUCACGUCGUCGACGGAUGGGCCCGACACGCCCAACUCGAGUCCCGACAGCAUGUCGGCCGAUCACAUGAUGGACACGACGGACGUGAGCGUCGGCCUGUCAGCCUCGACGACGCCAACGGAAACGGAUUCCGAGCCGUACACUCUGCAGUACCGAACGAUCGUCUCUGGCGAGCAGCGCAGCCGCUACAAGGAGGAUUUCAACUCGCAGUACAACGAGUACCGCAACCUGCACAAGGCCAUCGACAAAGUUUCCAAGCGUUUCUCUCACCUGGAAGAGGAGCUGCGACAGCAGGACGAGGGCACCUCGGCUUGGCAGCGCAUCAAAAGUCAAAUCGUCCGCGAGUACAAGGAGAAUUUGCGGGACGACAAGUACCGGGAGGCGAAGCGACGGUUCCAUCACCUUCACGAAAAGUUGGCCCACAUUAAGCGGCUCGUGCUGGAAUGGGACACGACCCAGACCUGCCGUUCUUGACCCCCCUAGUUUGUUUGUUUCGAUCGUCCCCCUAUCUCUUUUGAUGAUGGCGAUUUAGUCAAUCCCUCUCUCUCUCUCCAGCUCCCCUGUCCUCUCUUUGAUAAUGAUUCCAAUCGAAAUUAUUCUCUUUUUCUUUUCCUCCUUUUUUCUUUCUCUCUCUCGCCCAGAUUCUUUAUGAAAGAAUCACCUCCCCCCUCUCUCUCUCUCUUACACAAUCUCUCUCAAAGGCCGUGGCUCAACAGAUUGUCGGUAAAGAAGAAGUUUGUUCAUAUUUAAUUCAAAACAGACAACAAGCAAACACACACACAUCAUCAACACAAAAAAGAAGAAAAUCGAAAAAAAAGACAAAAUUUAGUUGAAAUUUUUUUUUUUUAGGUUUGCUCAUUAAUCAUUGGGGGCCCUUAAUAUUAUUUUUCCCCCUGUGUGAUGUGGUUUUGGCAAACGGGGUGGGGACGAGGUGUGUAGCGGUGCACUCUGUCGCAAUUGUUUUUUUUAGAAGGGAGCACGACGAAAUCACGACAAUAGGAAAAAAAAACGACUCUAAUCAUCACGUCAUUUCAACCGCGAAUAUCGAUAAUACCGUAAAACCCAUGGUGGAUUUAAAGAUUGUGUGUGUGUGUGUUUGUUUGUUUGUUCAUUUUUCUUUUUCCUUUUGUUUAUUUGCCUGCGAAAGAUCGAACGAGCGAACGUUUGUUUGUGCGUGUGUGUGUAGCUUAGAUUUCGAGAACCCAUUAAAAUUGUUGGCUGCAUAUUGUUGAUAUCAUCUCCCCAAAUCCCAUAUAAUAGCUUGAUUUUUUUCCCCCUCCCCGUUUUUCUCAUUUUUUCUCUCCUUGAUAUUCUUCUGAUUCAUUUCUAGGGGGAGGUUGUUGUCGGGGUAGUACGUACAGUACCUUAUUAUCAUUAUUAUUUUCCAAACGAAAUCAAGAAAAUUCCUCGCAUUGGGAUGGAAUUUUUUCUUUUUUGAAUUAAAGCUUUUUCUUUCUCUAUUUGCUCGCUGUGUCCAAAAGUCGAUAUAGAUGAGGCGGUCGCCAUUUUUUUCCCUUUUUUUUCCUCCUAUUCUUCGCCGACAGGAAAAACAGAAGAAGUGAGGGAAAUAUAACUGUCAUUCCCUCCUCCUAUACCCCACCAUUGAACAGCAUUUUCUCUUUUGUCCACACACACAGACAGACACACACAACACCUUUGAAAACAAAAAAAAAAUGAACUUAAUUUUUUUCUUUCUUAUUUGGGUUGUUUUCUACGUUUUUGGCUUUCACGUCGUGUACACUUUUGUCUUUCAUUCGCGCACCAUCCACCAAAAUUGUUUUUUGGUCAAAUCGCUCCCCUUUUCUUAUUUUUCCCUUCAUUCUUCUCAUUUCCUGCCCUCCCAAGCCCUUCCCCCCAAGGUUUAGCCAUAUAUAAUUCCAAUUUUCGACGUGCCCUCUCCCCCCUCCCCCCCACUUUUCUUGCCAGGUGAUAUAUAGACAUACCCCCCGUUGAUUUUCGUUCAAGAGAGACUUACUUGUAACACAACUACACUACCCUUCCCUCCUCCACUACCAACCGCCACCACCAAAUGAUUCCGACAUCAUCCACUUUUGGAUGGCUAUUUAAACAAAUGCGGGAAUUUCGAAAAUUUUUUCUAUUUUUGGAGGGAGAUUUAAAAUCCAAAAAUAAAAAAAUAAAAAAAAUAUUCAAUAAAUUAACAAAAAAAUACAACAAAUAGUGUGGGGGAAGAAUAAAGAGAGAAAAGUCCAUAUUUUUGGGAGGGGGGAAUUAGUUUAAAAUGCAAAAAAAAAAAUACUUAUUAUUAUUAUUAUUAUACAGAUUAUCUGGGUACUCUCUCAUCUUUCUUUCUGGGACGUUUUUUUUUAAAAAUAAGAUUUCGUCGUUUUCAGUUGUUGAAUUUGUUUUCGUCUUAACGGAGUCGAUGUGAUUAGGUCACAGCCGGAAGAUGCAAAAAAAAAAUUGAAUUUGUAAGGGAGGCAAUUAGUCUUUUCGAAUCCGGGCAAAAAAUUUCUGUGAGAUGAAAAAAUUACUGCAUGCCUAAAAAAACCAAUCUUAUCACUUUUUAUCCGCUGGAUGUUAAAUGAUGUGGCCUUGUUCGAUCGGAUUUAUAUUCGCGCCCUUAUUUUUCUUCAAUUACAAUUACUACGAGAAAGUUUUUUCCAGACAAUAAUGGAGGCCGGUGUGUGACGAAUUCUUUCCAACAACAAAAAAUCGGGUGGAUGAGGAGGAAAAAAAUGUUAUGUACGAAG